AUGACAGCAGUAUACCAGGCUAUUGAACUGAAACUGUGGAAGAAGGACAUCUUAAACCUUGAGAAGAGAAACAAUACUGGGUACAAUGGUGGAACAGCAGUCCGAAAACUGCGGACGCGCCUGCAGAUUGAGUCACAACAUAUGAAAACAGAGAUCGACAUUAUUGAAUUCGAUCCAGGUCAUCGUGAUUGGCUAUAUGAACAACCGGAAUUUUGUGAGAUGUCUGAUGAUGUCCUUGACCGACUCUCUUUUCUGCGCACAUCAGAUACUUCGGAUUGGGAUAAGAGUUAUCAUUUUCUACAUCUUACUUUCCAGGAGUUUUUUGCAGCACAGUAUUUUGUCCGAUGUUGGAGAUCGGAAUCGAGUAAACCACUUACCUGUCUCAAAGCAGGCUUCGUAAGGGAAAAUUAUAUAGCGAAGAUAUCACCUGAGAGGUUUCUCCGAGAAGAAAAGUACAGUGGACGUUAUGAUGUGUUCUGGAGGUUUGUCACUGGGCUGCUAUACAGUACUGGCAGGGAACAAUUAUAUUCAUUCCUUAAGCAAAUGGAUGAAGAGCCACGAGAUCUACUCGGCCCCGCGCAUCAGCGGCUACUGAUGCACUGCUUCAGCGAGGUUCCUCGAUCAGAAGACUCAGGAAUGGCAAAGGACCUUCGAGAAAAAAUGGAACUUGGGUGUAUACAAUGGUCUUACUAUGAGGAUAUGUCGCUUGGGACAAUGCGCCUCUGCAGUGAAACUGAAUUUCCAGAGCAUGUUCUAUGCAAAUUACUUGAGGAUUCCCUGCAAAAGAAGACUUCUAGAAGGAUUCUAGAAGCGCUAGCCCAUCGGUGGCAUAUAUCGCGUAAUCUCAUGGAUAGAAUCACAAUUUUUAUGGAUGAUGGUGACUCCCAUGUGAGACGCGCGGCUAUUAAUGCCUUAGGCAGACAAUCUUCCUGGUCACCUGAGAUCCUGGAGGCCGUCAUGCGCCGACUAGACGAUGAAGACACAGAUGUGAGACGCGCGGCUAUUAGUGCCUUAGGCAGACAAUCUCCCUGGUCGCCUGAGAUCCUGGAAGCCGUCAUGCGCCGACUAAGCGAUAGAGACUUGCAUGUGAGAUACGCGGUUAUUGAUGCCGUAGGCAGACAAUCUCCCUGGUCGCCUGAGAUCGUAGAAGCCGUCAUACACCGAUUCAACCUCGAUGAAGGCUUGCAUAUGGGAGACGUGGCUAUUGAUGCCUUAAGCACACAAUCCCCCUGGUCACCUGAGAUCCUGGAGGCCAUCAUGCGCCGACUAGACGAUGAAGAGAUAUAUGUGAGACAGGCGGCUAUUGAUGCCUUAAGCACACAAUCUCCCUGGUCACCUGAGACCCUGGAAGCUGUUAUGCGCCGACUAGACGAUGAAGACUCAGAUAUAAGACACACAGCUAUUGAUGCCUUAAGCAGACAAUCUCCCUGGUCCCCUAAGAUCCUGGAGGCCGUCAUGCGCCGACUAGACAAUAAAGAGUCAGAUGUGAGAGACGCGAUUAUUUAUGCCCUAGGCACGCAAUCUCCCUGGUCGCCUGAGAUCCUAAAGGCCGUCAUGCGCCAACUAGACGAUGAAGUCUCAGAUGUGAGACGCGCGGCUAUUAGUGCCUUAGGCAAACAAUCCCCCUGGUCAUCUGAGAUCCUGAAGGCCGUCAUGCACCGACUAGAUAAUGAUGGUGAUUCGUAUGUGGCGUCCAAAAUAGAAGCUCUACUAUGGAAACAUGAUGAGUUCCUUUUUCUUUUCUUCGAUUUGAAUGCUAAUGCUACCUCAGCGUUGUGCAAAAUUUGGGCACGAAGAAGUAUCCAUAAAAUCUUUGCCUGCUAUGUUCGUGAUGGAAGCGCAUAUUUUGAGACAUCGGAUGGGCGAAGUUCAAUACCUUUAUCCAAGGAAAAAAUAAAGUUGCUUAAGCGUACAUUACGGGCUGCCACGGACAACAACGGGCCCGAUGCUACGUUUGGUUUAUAGAGUUAGAUUCCUGUUUGCUUCAUUGGAAAGCUGAUCAGCAAGGCUUUUACUUUAUUUUCAAUUAUC